GUAGUUCUUAUUUGUUAGUUUUUUUAUUUUUAAUAAUACUAAAAAUGAUUGUAAUAAAACUUAUAUUAUUGUUGCACAUUUAUUUGAUCUUUGGGUUAUCGGUAAAUGAUUUACAGUGUAAUUUUUCCAAAUAUAUAUUAAAUUAUUUCAAUCAUAAUAACCGAUAUUUAAUUGAAAUGAUUGAAAAUAUACAAAAAUAUGACGUGGUUAGUUUAAACAAAUAUGGCAAUGCAAUAAAAACUCAUGGCGAAAUCGUAUUAAUAAUGUUAGAUGUUUUAAGGGAUGCUGAUAAAAAUUUUUACUCGACAGAUUUGAUAUCAGUCAAUUUAUACUUAAAUAAUGUUUCUGAUUAUGUGAAUUUCUAUGCUAAAAAUGAUGACGGAAUAUUUGAUUUGUCAGAUAAAACUACAAGUAUUAUUAAAGGUUAUGAAAUACUUCAUAAGUUUUUUUCAGAUUAUUUAAAUAUGGUAUUAUCUAAAAAGUGCCAAUGUGUUACAUUUGACGAAGUAUUUAUUUAUUUUCCUGAUUACAACGAAUCAGGAGAAUAUACUCUCGAAAAUUUCCUAAGUGUUGCGAAUAAACUUAAAAACCGAUUGUUACAAACAAAUAAACUUCAAAACAACACUGAUGAAAACAUAAAAAAUUUAGAACACAGUAAAGUAUAUUUUGUUUUCAAUAAAGCUAUUAAAAGGUGUAAAUACUGGGAAUUUUUACCAAAAAAUUUACUAUUUUAUGAGUUUAUGAUGAGUAAUCCCAAAAUUUCCGAAAAAGAUAUAAUGAGAAAUUCUCAGGAUAAACAAUAUCCAGUGUUAGUAAACGGAAAAAUAAAAAGUGUUUUAGAUUUGAUUCGAUUUGCACCACUCUCCAUAACGUGCCCCGAUGGAAGUAACUUGACCCUUUUUGAUAUAUUUAGAUACAUAAAAUAUAGUUUUCACGCAAAAGAAAUACAAGCUUUUCAUGGACUAAUCAUGACUGCAACAUUUCGUCCUAUUGCUUUUCUUGUAAGAAACUUUAUCAUUAUUCUUAGAUCCUCAAAAUAUGUUUACAAUUUUUCUAGUGAUCAAGAAGAACGUUUAAUAUUCUAUAACGAUAUUAUUUCUGUUGGUAAAAAUGUAAUUGAAAUUUUUCAAAAUUUUGUUAAUUUGAAUCUCUUUGGUGAUGGCCCAGCAAAUGUCUUUUUAACAUUUUUAAAAACAACUACUGAAUGUUUUGAUAGUUUCCUUAAAAAAAAAAAAAAAAAAAAUUUCAAUUUAUCAUCCUUGAAUCUGAUGUAUUCAUUAAAAUCAUUUUUGUAUGACAACAAAUAUGAUUUUGAUAAUAUAACUUGGUAUUUUACAAAGGAUAUUAUCAAUAGUAGCUUAAAUAAGUUGAUUGUAAACGUAAAACAUGCUGAAAAAUUUAUAAGAAAAUUAAAAGAACAUCAGAAAUUUUUUGAAUUAUCCAAAAAUACUUUGAAUAUUCCGCACAAGUUAAAUGUGCAAUACACGUAUGUUUUUAAAGAAUAUACAAUAAAUGAGUUAUGUCGAUCUAAAGAUAUUUACACAUUAUUUUAUAAAUUCAACGAUGAUUAUAUUAAUCAAAUUUUUGAUUACGAGAAAAAAAGUAAAUCCGAUGAUGGCGAAAAUAGAAACAAAAACAUUAGUCAAGAAAAUUAUCCAGAAGAUAAUAUAAAUAAUGAUUGUUACUGCAAUAUAAUCUAUUAUCCUAAAUAUUUGAAGGAUUACAUAUUGUUUAUAUAAAUUGUAAACCAAUUUAUAUUUAUGAAUACUUUUUUUACUUUUUUUUUCGCUUAAAUUAUAUUUUUGCACUUAAAAAUCCAAAAUGAACACAAAAAUUUUAAAGUUCAUACAAAUAUAACUAUAUGCUCUAUUAAAGAAAUGUUCUAUACAAAUACUUCAAAAUAAAAAAAUACUCUAAAAAUAAAAUUGUUUUAUAUGUAUACAGAUGUCCAGUUGUCAUUCACUGUUUUAAAUACAUCCUAAAUUAAACUAGAUGUAGAAUGCGUUAUAUUUCCUUACAUUUCUGAAUUAAUGGA